UCAGCCGAGUGAGUCCUGCCAAAGGGAACUGACAACUGGACAGCGGAGGGCUGAAACAUCCAGCCGUCUCUCUCCUACUGGAAUAAACAAAACCCAUCUUCGAGCAAAUGGUCUAAAGACGAAGGAAGACAAAAGUUGUGGAAGUUUGCCUGUUGGCACAUGUUCAGGAUGAAGCACCGGCCAGACACUCACUUCCUCCUGCUCGUUAUCCUCCACCUGUUGGGAGCCGUCACAUCGCAGGUCAAUCCAGGUGUAUGUCGGUAUGCUCUGGGGAUGUCAAGUGGGCAGAUACCAGAUGAGGACAUCUCCGCCUCCAGUCAGUGGUCUGAAUCUACUGCUGCCAGAUACGGCAGGUUGGACUGUGAGGAGGGAGAUGGUGCAUGGUGUCCGGAGAUAACGGUUGAACCAGACCACCUGAAGGAGUUCCUUCAGAUUGACCUGCGUUCGCUCCACUUUAUCACCCUCGUGGGCUCCCAGGGUCGUCACGCUGGAGGAAUUGGCAACGAGUUCGCCCAGAUGUACAAGAUUAAGUACAGUCGUGAUGGCAGUCGCUGGAUCUCAUGGAGGAACAGACAGGGAAAGCAGGUGAUUGCGGGCAACAGGAACACCUACGACAUCGCACUCAGGGACCUGCAGCCACCCAUCAUUGCCCGUUUAGUCCGGUUCAUGCCCGUCAUAGACCACUCGAUGAACGUCUGCAUGAGAGUGGAGCUCUACGGCUGUGAGUGGUUGGAUGGUCUGGUCUCGUACAAUGCUCCGGCAGGGCAACAGAUGAACCUGCCUGCUUAUCCUGUUUACCUCAACGACUCUGUCUAUGAUGGAGCCAUUAUCCACAGUAUGACAGAGGGUCUAGGUCAGCUGACCGAUGGUGUGUGUGGAGAAGAUGAUUUUACUCUAAGCAAUGUCUACAAUGGAUGGCCCGGGUACGACUAUGUAGGCUGGAACAAUGAGAGUUUCCCCAGUGGAUUUGUUGAAAUCAUGUUUGAGUUUGACCGUAUAAGAAACUUUACCUCCAUGAAGGUCCACAGCAACAACAUGUUCUCCCGGCACGUCAAGGCCUUCCUGCAAGUGGUUUGUCACUUCCGCUCGGAUUCGGACUGGGAGACCGCGCCGCUCACCUUUAGUCCAGUGGAGGACGAGAAGAAUCCCAGCGCCCGCUUCAUCACCGUGAAACUGGCCAAUCACAUGGCCAGUGCCAUCAAGUGCCAGUUUUACUUUGCUGACGCCUGGAUGCUGUUCAGUGAAAUCACUUUUCAAUCAGACACAGCCGUGUACAACACAACACUGCCUUCCACCAGUGUGGGGACACCAUCUAGCACACCGCCGGAUGAUGACCCCACCCAUAAAGUGGAUGACAGCAACACUCGCAUUCUGAUUGGCUGUUUGGUGGCUAUCAUCUUCAUCCUUGUAGCCAUUAUUCUCAUCAUCCUGUGGAGACAAGUGUGGCAGAAGAUGCUGGAGAAGGCCUCUCGUCGGAUCCUGGAUGAUGAACUAACUGCUAGUUUGUCAAUACAGAGCGAGACGUUCAGCUACAAUCACACCGGUAACCGGCCAGGUACAACCGGUGAACAAGAGUCUAAUUCCACCUACGAGCGCAUCUUCCCUCUGGGUCCAGACUACCAGGAGCCGUCGCGCCUCAUAUGUAAGCUGCCGGAGUUUGCACAGAGCUCAGAGGAGCCUUCUUCGACCAGCACAGGAGCUUGUAAAUCCACCACCCAAACUGUGGUCCAGGACGGCGUACCUCAUUACGCAGAGGCAGACAUUGUCAACUUGCAAGGCGUGACUGGAAGCAACACAUACGCCAUCCCCGCAGUGACUAUGGACCUGUUGUCUGGGAAGGAUGUUAUUGUGGAAGAGUUCCCACGGAAACUGCUUAUAUUUAAGGAGAAGCUGGGAGAGGGCCAGUUUGGAGAGGUACAUCUUUGUGAAGCAGAGGGAAUGCAGGAGUUUAUAAAUGAAGAGUACUUGUUUGACGUCCCAGAGGGCCAGCCGGUGUUAGUGGCUGUGAAGAUGCUCCGUUCAGAUGCCAACAAGAAUGCAAGGAAUGAUUUCCUGAAAGAGAUAAAGAUCAUGUCACGUCUGAAAGACCCUAACAUCAUUCGUCUGCUAGCUGUGUGCAUCUACAGCGACCCUCUCUGUAUGAUCACAGAGUACAUGGAAAAUGGAGAUCUCAACCAGUUUUUGUCCCGCCAUGAACCUGAGGGGCAACUUGCUCUCUUAAGCAGUGCACCUACUGUCAGUUUCCAUGAUCUGUGCUACAUGGCCACCCAGAUAGCCUCGGGGAUGAAGUACCUCUCCUCCCUGAACUUUGUCCACAGAGACCUGGCCACACGGAACUGCUUGGUGGGCAAAAACUACACUAUAAAGAUAGCUGACUUUGGCAUGAGCAGAAACUUGUACAGUGGCGACUACUACCGUAUCCAGGGCAGAGCAGUGCUGCCCAUUCGCUGGAUGUCAUGGGAGAGCAUCCUGCUGGGCAAGUUCACCACAGCGAGUGACGUGUGGGCCUAUGCCGUGACUCUGUGGGAGAUCCUGAACUUCUGCAAGGAGCAACCAUACUCCAAGCUCACCGAUGAGCAGGUGAUAGAAAACACAGGGGAGUUUUUCAGGGACCAGAAACGACAGAUUUACUUGCCUCAACCUGUGCUGUGUCCGGACUUGCUCUACAAGAUCAUGCUGAACUGCUGGAGGAGGAACGCUAAGGAGCGUCCCUCUUUCCAGGAAUUACACAGAGCCCUCUUGGAUUUACAACCUUAAGCCUGAGUAGUGUUUAAGACACUUCUUUAGAGUCUGUUCACAUCUCUGGAGAAAACGAUGCCGCAGACACAGUCCAGGUUUAAGCUAUGUUCCUUUUCAACAGAAAGACAGGAUGGGAGGCCACCUGCUGGCUCCAAGCUACAUUUUGGGGACUAAAUACACUCUAAAUAUUGAUCUGUAUUCCAGUUAAUGCAAAGUAUAACUUUAGACAAAGUACUUGAUCAUUGUUUAAAAAGAGAGGCAUGAACUGUGGGGCAUGUGUGGAGGAAGCCAACAAUUAAAUGUAGCAAGUGACAUUCAGCACUUUUAAAACUAAACACACAAAGUUAAGGACAUUGUGUUUGGUCAUUUAUUUAUUUGUUGUAGCAAUGUUCUUGGCAAUAAAUCUCAUACUGUUGGAAGGCCUGUCUAUUUCCCCCUAAAGUGGUGCCACAUUUGUACACAAAAUGCAUUUGUGGGUUGAAUAGUAGAGUAUUUGGGUAGAGUUGGCAGGGAAAACCUGCCAACUCCUUUCUCCACGGACAGCAUCUUCCUUACUGGAAAAAACAGACUUUUUAUCACUGGACACCAACUCAGUGCAAAAAGAUAUCAAGAUGAGAUUCUGCAAUUGAUGGCUAUACUAUAUCUCCCCUCCCAGGAAUAGUUAUAAAAUGGGAUGCCAUCCCACAUCAGUGUAUGACCAAGAUGGUGUCCAGCAUGACGACGAGGUGCUAGGCUGUUUUGGUUGUCCACACAUUACUAAGGUCCCAGUGUGUUAUACGAAUAAGCUGUUCAAAUGCCAUUAUGUCUUGUUUCAUCAAGCUGCUAUCAUCCAGCUUCAGUAAAUGAGACCAAACAAGAGUCAAUGGCAGAAUGAGCUGUUUGGCAUGGGCAGAGAGGAUGUAACACGGUUUUCACGGUCCAGUCCACACACUCCACUCUGGUGCUCAACCCACAAAUGCAUUAUCCUUACAAAUGUGACACCAUUCAAAGGGAAAUAAACUGGUAUUGGACUGGUAUAAAAUUUACCGCCAACAAGUAUUUUUACAACAAAGAAAUAAUUGGUCAGACAUAAAUUUCCUUACUGUUUGUGAGUUUAUGUGGAAAUGCAAUGUGUAAUAGGUGGUUUAUAUAUCCCAUGUUAAUGUUUAAAAUACUGCUUUCUUGUCUUUUCUUUUGGAAGACUGCUUGAAUGUAGAAAGGGAAAGUGCAGAACAGACAGUUACUUUCAUGUUUGAUCAAAUUUGCGUUGUUUUACUGAAUGUUCAGAGAAACGUCAAACAUUCAGACAAAAAAUAAAAACAAUACACUCUUUUCUGUAUCCCAGCCAUUUUCCUGCAGUAGUUUCGACAUGUGUAUAUGAUUGUGUAUUUUUAGUAGAUAUGUUUUAAUUUCAUUUAUUGGUUUUUGUAUCAAUAUUUAUAUAUUGACUUGUGUUUGCUCUGUUUAUGUAGUGUUUAUAGAUAUGUGUAGGAAUAUGCACUUAAACUGGAGUGUCAUAUUUGAUUUAUUGCAGCAUUCCUCUCUGAUUUAUGCAUGUUUUUCUUUCUGUUGCAUAACCCUCUGAAACUCCAUCCAUCCAUCCAUCCAUCCAUCCAUUCAUCCAUCCAUCCAUCCAUCCAUCCAUUCAUCCAUCCAUCCAUCCAUCCAACUUUGCAUUUAAAAACUGAUCUUGACAGAGAUGCAUGCUAUAAACUCAUUGUAAACUUUUAUAAUGGCACAUUUAAAAUGGGUCACAAGUGGGCCAAGUUUGGAAAAGUAUGGCUUUCAUUCAAGAAAGACUUUGGUUCUAGAUGUUUCUUGUUGAUAUGGCUAUUUCUUGUUGACAUGGAAGCAGAUAAAAUUAUACUUUUACCAUAAUAAUUCGUUUUCUUGGAUGCUUGGAAAGCGUAUGGUUGAGACAGAUCAACUUUACUGAAAAUUAAAAAUGUUAACAGUUUAUUACUGCACUCAUUUAGGGCUUAUCUUUUGCUGGUGCAUUUGGAAUUCAUGCAGUCUUUGUUUUGGGUAUUUUUAAUCUACUAUCAGUCCUUGCUUUCUGUUAUUGAACUUUAGACAAAAGCCCAAUAAUCUCACUUGUCAAAGACAAUUGCUUCUUUUUCUGCUUAACAAAGCAAAAACAUGAAAGAAAUCUAGCUCAGGUUUGAAUUGAUAAAGAUGUUGGUGAGUUUCAUCUCAGAAUACAUUUUCAUUGUGUUCACUCUCCUUUCGGUAUUGUUACAAGUUUAAAAAAAUGUUAAAAACAUCCUAAUAAAGUACUAGUUUCUUUCAUUUUUAGAAUAUUUUUGUAUUAAAAUGGUUGCAUUUCCAUGAGAUUUUGUUAUAAAUAUGUUGUAAACAAAAGUUAAACCUUGAUGGAGAAAAUCCAAAUAAAAGUCCAAACAGGAA